AGAAGCACACAAGUACUGAGUCAAAGGAAACUGGACAGGCUGAAACAUGUCUUCUAGCAAGAGAAUGAAGGUGCUCCUCUUCUUUGCUCUGUUCUUUGGAGCAACAGGGUUUCUCUUCUUGAUUCUCUCCUGCGGGACUGAAUACUGGCUGCUGGCCGCAGAGUCCUGCAGCAACCCUGGAGAAACCCAUGGAGACCGCAACCUGAGAGAGAUGAAGACUUCGGCUGGUGUGACCAUUUUCCACGAGGGUCUGUUCUGGCGGUGCUCCUACAUCACCUUUUCUCAUGAUUACUCAAUAUGGGACCUUUGGAUCUCGAAUCAGCCUCUACCAAAAGUGUGCCAGGCCGCUUUCCUCUUCCCAUUUCCCAGUAACAAGCCUGUGGAGCAGUGGGAGGAGCUGCGCAGUUUUCCCAUAGAGCCUUAUGACCGCAAUUCAGCCACCGUCUUCAGGAUCUGCUGGACCAUCUUCUUUGUCACGGGUUUGGCGGCCGUCAUCAUCGGUGGGUUCGUUGUCAUCUGUGCUGGCCCACUGACCAACCACAAACUCUAUAAAGUGGGCGGGGCUCUACAGGUGCUCGGCGGCGUGUGCCUGCUCACCACGGUGAUGAUGUAUAUUAUGUGGAUCCAGGUCCUGGACACUCUGGAUCAGUUUACCCAACAUCAGAAAGCCUCUCGCUGCUCGUCCUUCCGUCUCAGCAUCCAGCACGGCCCCUCGUUCUUCCUGGCUCCAGUGGCCGUCUUCUUCAGCCUGCUGGCCGGCCUCCUCUUCAUCCUGGUUGGCCGAAGCAUCGAGAGUGUAGAGGUGGACAGCAUGGACAAAAUCUCAGACACUUCGACAGCUGAGCUGUGACAACAGACGAUCACAUUUUUUAAAGUUCAUCACUCUGAGGGUCGUGAGUGGGACUCCAGUGUGUUUCAUGUACAAAUGAGCUGUGGGUCUGGAGCUGAUGUCUUUGAUAGAGAAGAAUAACAAAUGUUUGUAGCUUAAAAUCAGUCACAGAAGGUUCCUAAAGAAGCAGGUUUUGGCUUGUAUCAUUGAUUGAAUGCCAUUUUUAUGUUGUUGUCCCUGGCCAACAAUACUGGCCAAAAACUGUAACACGGUUAUUUGCAGACUGCCAGAAUGAGGCGGCGUUACCGUGAAUUUUAUAUACAGCCUAUGGUCGACUCAGAUCAUAGACUGUAUAUAAAGGAUGGAGGUAGCCACAGCUACAACCCAACAGUUUUUGGACUUAAUGCUUUGAAACCUCAGUGUUUUUCUGAAGCCAGAAGUGACCAUAUCUGGAAAAGAGGAGGGAGUGCUAAGUGAUCAGCUGGCAUUAGCAAGAUUGUUUAGCAACCAACAUCCAUAAAUUGUACAUAUCUACUAAUUAGUGUCCAGUUCAGUGACUCAAGCCCCGCAGAAAGCUAGUGGCUACAGCUCAUCAAUGAAAACGCAGCGUUGCCGCUAACUUUAAUCUCAAAAAAUGCAAACAGGCGAGUUAUAAAAUAAUUAUUUCUGCUGUAAAGUUGAACAUUUUUAGACGCGAGUCUAUGGAGUCAGUCUUAGGUGGCCAUGUUGGCUUCAUUUUUUAGGAAGCUGCCAUUUUCAGUCAAACUCUUACCAACCCGAGGACAUUUUGAUUGCACUGUUGCUGUGGACAAAAAGUCAAAUGAUUGUGUCACCAGAAAGAAACUUUUUUCCAUUUGUUUCGAAAAGUUUGAUAUUUUCCAUCAGUUAUUUCGGAAAGGGAAAAUUUAAAAUAUUCUAGACUCAUUACAAGGAAACUAAAAUGUUUCAAGUGUUUUUCCAGCAGGACUUUGCUCCUGCCCACAGCGCCAAAAUCAGAUGGUUUGGUGACCAUGUUGCUACUGUGCUUGAUUGGUCAACCGGGCCACCUGACCUCAGCGCCAAAGUGAGAAUCCAUGUGUUACUGUCAAGAGGAAGAUGAGACCCAAAAAUACCCAGCAUCAGAAGGCCGUAACCUGCGCUUCAGGAAUUUAAAAAUUACAUGAAAGUCUGGCUGCCUGGAAGCAAAAUAUACAGAAACGAGGUAAUGAAUAUAGACUAUAUGGAAGAUGACUUUUUUUUGAAUCCAUUAUGAAAAUAAUGAUUUUUUUUGCCAUAUUGGAGAUGCACUAGCACGUGAUUAUUAUUUCUAUCAGGAGUAAACACAAAAGAUCUGGAUGGAUGACAUCAGGAUUUGCAUCAUUUAAAUGUAAAAUCAGAGGCAGCCAAAUGAUUGACACGAAAUCUCUCAAACCAUACAGCGACGGCAAAAGGCUCACAACACAAAAAUGCUUCCAUCAGCGAGGAUAAAGUUGGUCAUUGCAAAUGAUUUUUCUAAUCUAUUUAACAGAUCCCAUUGUGAUUAAUACCCCUCCACUCCCAGUCUGCUUUUAUGAUAAUUGAUAAAUCAAGUUUGACAGAAGUUGAAGAGAAGAAGGUCGUGUGUGUGUCUGUGUGUAAGCAGUGAGUAGAUUGAGUGUGACUGUGGCUGCCUGUCAUCAGGACAUCAGGCUGAAGAUCUGAAAUACUGGGUCAGAGGGAUGGAGAUUAUAAUAAAUUAGACUGUCAUAAUCCAUUUUCUGAUAGGAGUGCUGCUUUGGCCUGCGUGUAAAAACACCAAACGGCCACUAGAGGGCAGAGUCAGCUCAGGAUAGUGUUUGAUGGUGUUGCUUCUCACCUCAUUAAAAUCACUUUUAUCCCCUAGUAGCCUCCUUACAAUGAUGUCCGACAGCAUCGCAGCGAAAUGCAGCUCGGCGGCGCGCACGUCAGAUCAGGUCUGCAAAGAGGGGGAAGCACGAGUGAAAUUUGUAAGUGAUAAUUAAUUCAACUGCUUUAAUUUUCCUCACAAACAAAAGAAUGAUGUUUUUUUUCCCCCCUCCUUUGAAAUUCAGUAUAACUAACAUUAUAUCACAAGAGGAAGAGGAGGAGGGUGGGUGGAGGAUGGAGGCCCUCAGUCACACCUUUAUAAUUGGAAAAGGCAAACAGAAGUGAGACCUCGAGAUGAUACAGUGACGAAAACGAGUCUUUCAUUAUUCUUUCACGUCUCAGGCUCCUGCUCUUAUCCGUUCCUUCUCCUCUUAAUCUCCGCUGCGAACUAGGUGAGCAUAAUUACACCUGAGCUUGUCACGUUCACUCACCCCCCCCACCACCCAGCCGUCACCAAACGUCUCUGUCACCUCCUCUUCCUCGCCGCCAGCAGGCACUUGGGUUGAGCUUUACUUUCUGAUAAACGUGACGAGAUCCAGUCGUAUCGCUCGGUUUCAGUCUUGGAGAUUGUGGCAGAUCCAUUACUUGAUCCAGGAGUGGAUGUGGAAGUUGUGGAAGCUCCAGGAACGCGCGUGCACUCUCCACCACCGACACUGGGCCUUUGCAGCAGAUAGAGCUGUCUGCAGCAAACACCACAAAGGCAACAAAGGACUUAGAGCAGGUCACCCACUAAGUGGAAGGUUGGUGGUUUGAUCCCUGGCUGCUCCAUUCUGCAUGCCAAAGUGUUCUUGGGGGAUACUGAAUCCUACUUUGCUCUCUGAUGCAACCGUCGGAGUAUGAAUAUGUGUUCAUAGAAAGCACUUAGCCGUAGAAAGAGUGUGUGAAUGGGUGAAUCAGGCAUGCUGUAUAAAAGUCCUCACAGUAGAGCAGAAAAGUGCAGUAUAAGAACCAGCUCAGUCCAUCUGGUUACUGUGGAGGCCAUCUGAGUGCAGCGAACUCAUUGUGAUGUUGGAGAAACCAGUUUGAGAUGACUGGAGCUUUGUGACAUUGUGUGUUAUCAUGCUGGAAGCAGCCAUCAGAGGAUGGGUACACUGUGGUCAUAAAGGGAUGGAGAUGGUCAGCAACAAUACUC